AUGGCAACCAGGACCUUGGAGGAUGGCGUCCCGGGCGGCUGCCAGGCAAGAGGCACGGAGGCGGGGCUCAAGAAGACAGACCGGGAGCCUGAGGCCACGCUGGCCCGGGGGUCAGGGAAGGAGAAGAUGAAAGCAGGGGCAACGCCCCGGAGCCCCGCGAGGAAGAGGACGCAGCCGGCGCCACCCCCGCAGCCACCGCUGCCCCCAGGCGCGGGCGAGGAGCUGCCCUGGGGAGACCUGUCUCUCAACAAGUGUCUGGUGCUCGCCUCGCUGCUGGCGCUGCUGGGCUGGGCUGUCCAGCUACUCCAUGACGUGGGAGGCGAGCGCCCCUGCACCGGCCCCCGAGCCAUGGGUCCCCCCAGCUCGGCCCCCGGGGAAGCAGAGUUGCCCCAGCCGGAGCCCCGCGCCCGGGCCCUGCCGGCGGGGCUGCCCGAGGCGGCCGAGCGCGCUGCGGGCCCCGGGAGCAGGGAGGCGGCAGAGAAGGCCCGAGGGCAGCCCGGAGGAGACGCGGAGGAGGGCGCUGAGCCGCGCGCGCGCCGAGGGCCCAAGGAGCGGCGGGCGCAGCCGGGGGCCGCGGAGCAGCGGCCGCGCGAGGAGAAGCGCCGGCGGGAGCAGAUGCCGCGCCAGGAGAAGCCCCGGGAGCCCCCGGAGGCCCGGGAGGCGCCGCCCCGGCGCCGGGAGGCAGCGGGAGGGGGCCCGGGGCCGGGGGCGCGGGGCUCCGGAGACCGCAGGCCCAGGAAGAGGCCGGCGUGGGCCUCGGAGGAGGAGGACCGGCCCCCGGGCCGUCAGAAGCGCCGCCCCGGCAGGGGGAGGAGCUGA